GACAUUUACGGCGAACGUGCUCCGUCUCGCCGCGAUCGGACUCCGAACUUCAUUAGUUGUCGAGCGUGCACCGUGGCGCACGCUUCAAAACUUUCGCUCGCCGAUCCAGGAUCCCGUGAUUCAUGGUCCGCGAUCCGGACGUCGAUGGAAGUCGAUCGGAAGCCGUCAACGUCGACCGAAUCUUUCGAGUGUGUGCACUGUUGAUUUCGUCCGAUCGAAUCGAUUUUAUCGCGGUUUCGUGACCGAGUCGGUGCGCGCGCCAGUAUCCUGGCAAAAGCAAAAACACAUCCGCCGAUGGGAGAAGAUCUUUGGCAAGAAAAAGGACGAUGAAACCUAAAUAAAUAAAUUGUACUCCGGCACGGAUCGGCACGUAACAUCUGAAGCGAAAGUAUACUACGAUGCGGUGAUCGCCGAUAUCGAGGAAAAUCGGUCCGCUAUGAGGUACUUCAAGAAUUUCUUCCAACACACGUGGCAUCCGCAACAGGUUAUAGCGGAGGCCCUUGAAGUCCGCCGGAUGCGCACUUCAAAUAUAUGACGCUCUGACAGCGAAACGAAAGGAGUUUUCCUCGACACCUAUGAGAGUUUCAUAGAAAACUACGUUUCUGCGAACGGGAGAGCGAGUUGCCUGGCAGUCCGACGGGAAACGGGAUUUCACGCUGCAUAAUCAGGCAUCCGAUCCAUCCCGACGUAUUCAUCUAGUGCGAUAUCGAGGAAGGUGCGAGAGACGGCGCGGUCUCUCGGUAUGACCGAACAGAGCGCGAAGGAUUUCGGACGUCGAUCAUUGAACGAAGUGGAAGAUCACGCGUUGCCAGGUUUCGCGGUAGAUGCUUCGAAGGAAACACCGAGUCGGCAAUCUGAAGCAGGAAAGAGAGAAGAUUGCGCGGUACUUGCAGAGCUUUUUUUCUCAAGUACGCGGUCCUGAUCCUGACCCUGAACGAAGGGAUCCCGGAAAAGGAGACGAUGCCGCGUCAAAGGACGCAACGAUAAGCGACAACCAAGAAGCCGGCAAGGAUGCAAAGGACAAAUUACUAGCCAAGGCCGAUACCAGCGUGGUGAUCGGGCUGGUCGCGUUGGAGAAACCCGGACCAUCGAGAGAUCGAUCUCUCGAUCCCAAGAAAAAUUCGGAUCGAGGCAGUCGGAAGACUACUCGCGACAAAUCCACGGAGAUGAGGAAGAAUCUGAGUACGCAGAGCCUGCGGAGGAACGAAGAAGUCGACGACGCCGGCAACGACGGCGAAUUCCAUCGGCGAGACGAACCUCAAAUGCCGAAGUAUAUCCUGGUCGGUUGGGAUCCCUUCCGGUCGAAGAUGAUGCUGCUGCUGAUGAUCCUGUUCCUCCUAUGGAUAUCAAUCUAUUUCCCUCUCAUCGGAAGCUGAAAAUCAGCGAUCGUUCCCAAACGAAUUCUUCAACGAAUUCUUCAACGAAUUCUUGAACUCUACGCUGACGUGUAAAUAUGUAUGUACAUAUAUAUAAGAUUCGAAAGAAUGUCACUGGUCGAUAAUUCUCAAAUAAAGAUACCGUUCCGCUAAUUGCCAAUUGGCGAUAGGAUAGGCGUA